AUGACUUUGACGGUUCAGGCCCUUGAGUCAGGUACCUACAAAUAUGGCGUUACUCUGGCCUUCCGUCAUCUAUACCGUACUGCGUUAAAGUCCAUCAAGUAUUCAAGCCCUUCGCGCUACGUCGUCCGUUGGGUUCUACGAUCAUCCUUUAGAAAAGGUACUGAUAUAGAUUUUAAUCCACGCCGGAUUGUUAAUACACUACAUUUCCUCGAAAACGCAUCUCAACCCGGAAGCCUUGAGCGCAAGAUUUUGAAGACGUUAACGAUGGUCCGGUAUUGGCAGCAACCGCAUAUCGCAUGCACGUCACCAAUGGUUAUUGGAAGAAUACCUAGACCUCAAUCGAUCGGUGCGAGACAAUUUAACAGGACGUUGCAUCUACUAAACGAAAGUAUGGAGCUUUGUCUCAAGUGA